AGUGUCCAGAGGGGAUUUAAUUUCCCAGAGCGAUCGGGUUUUGAGCACUUUCCCCUCCACUGAUCUCCAGUAGGCGGAUUCGGAUCCUUGCAUCGGGACGUGAUUUCGUGUAGCGCGCUCUCCUGUUGAUGAAGCGGUGUUUCAUAAUGAACGUAGCGAAGCCCGGAGAGGCGACAGCGUCGUUUAACCCUUGUCGUUAUUCUUGAGAGGGAGUUUAUUGUAGCUUCACUGGCGGAAACAUGUUAAACUACACAUUCAGCGGUAGUAGCCUGUGGUGUUGCUUCUGUAAGACAGGUUGUAUUUUAACUCGGCCCUAAUCGGGUGUCUUGGGUUUAUUUCUUCUUUCUCUAUGUCCUCAACAGGCGUUAUUAACUUAGUUGCUCUUGGCCCCGUUGGGACUUCGCUGGUGUGGAAUAGCAACAAAGGACGGGAGCGCGCAUUCAUGGGACGUGACUUUGACAGCUCCUCGUUUCUAGUCCUAUAACUUUGUUACCUGGCACCGGGGGCAAGACUGUGACUUCAGCGGGAGACAAUGGCCGAGGCUCCGCUAGCCAACCCGCUCCCGGACUUGGACGUGGUCAUCGACCCGGACUUCGAGCCCCAGAAGCGGCCCAGAUCCUGCACCUGGCCGCUGCCGCGACCGGACUCGAGCGCGGUGAAGCCGGAGAGCCACGACACAGAUAUUAUCCCCGAGGAAGAGGAUGAUGAAGAGGACAAUGCCACCCCCUCGGCCAUCGGUGUCGGUGGCUCUGGCGUGGCGAUAGAGGACCAGAGCAGCAGCAGCCCCGUUGCCGAUGGAGCGCUCUCCUCCCCCGGCCAGGAGAGCGGCGGCUCCCCGCUCUCCACGCACUCCCCGACGCCCGCCUCCGGCGCGCUGACUCCCAGCGGCCUGGCCGCCCAGCAGACCCCGAGGAAAGCGUCGUCUCGCCGCAACGCCUGGGGGAAUCUCUCCUACGCCGACCUGAUAACCAAAGCCAUCGAGAGCGCGCCGGACAAGCGACUGACACUGUCCCAAAUUUAUGACUGGAUGGUGAGAUCCAUCCCCUACUUCAAAGACAAAGGCGACAGCAACAGCUCCGCAGGGUGGAAGAACUCCAUCCGGCACAACCUUUCCCUCCACAGCCGUUUCAUUCGCGUCCAGAACGAAGGAACAGGGAAGAGUUCCUGGUGGAUGAUCAACCCCGAGGGGGGGAAGGGUGGCAAGGCUCCUCGCCGCCGUGCAGUCUCCAUGGACAACAGCAACAAGUACACCAAGUCCGCCCGUGGCCGUGCUGCCAAGAAGAAGGCAGCCCUGCAGGCUGCAGCCGCUGCCGCAGGCGAAGGCGGCGGAGACAGUCCUUCAGGUCUCUCUAAGUGGCCCGGAAGCCCGACGUCACGCAGCAGUGAGGAGCUGGAUGCCUGGACAGACUUCCGCUCCCGCACUAACUCCAACGCCAGCACUCUGAGUGGUCGACUCUCACCUAUUCUGGCUAACCCCGAGCUAGACGAGGUGCCCGAUGAUGAGCCCCCUCUCUCGCCUAUGUUCUACUCCAGUCCCGGCAGAGCACUGUCUCCCGGCAACGCCACGACCAAUGGGAAAGCCGUGCCAACUGAGCUGCCCCGCCUGGCAGACCUGGCAGGUACAAUGAACCUAAAUGAUGGCCUGACAGAUGACCUGAUGGAUGAGUUGCUGGAUAACAUCAACCUGGUGCCAACUACUUCCAGCCAGACCACUCCAAAUGGUUCCUCAGGGUUCAAUUUUGGGUCCAAACCCAACGGUUUAGGCUCACCUUCCACCACUUCCUCUCCUUCCUCCAACUCUUCUUCGAAUGGAGGAGGUAAUGGCUACAGUAACUCCAUCUUUGGCCCCCACACGACGGGUUCCUCUCUGCGUCCGUCCCCCAUGCAGACCAUCCAGGAGAACAAGCAGACCUCCUUCUCCAGCAUCAGCAUGUCUCGCUUUGGCAGCCAGACACUACAAGACCUGCUCAACUCUGACAGCCACAGCCACAGCGAUGUCAUGAUGACCCAGUCUGACCCGCUGAUGUCACAGGCCAGCGCUGCCGCCGUCAUUUCCCAGAACUCCCGCCGUAGCCUCAUGCUCCGCAAUGAUCCUGUAAUGACCUUUGGGACCACCGGAGGACUUCAGGGCAGCCAAGUGGAGAUGCUGCAAAGUAACAACCACAACCAAAGCUCCUUGAGGUCUUUAAACGGAGGCCUGAACCUAGCCAACGAGGCUAACGCUCUGGCUAAUGCCAAGCAGCAGCUCCUGCUCUCACCCUUAGGUGGAAAUGGGUCGUCCUCCAUGCAGAUCGAUACCUCGAUCUUCCUGAAUGGAACAGUUAGCAGCAGUGGAGGGAUCUGUCAGGACCGUUUCCCCACAGAUCUGGACUUGGACAUGUUCAACGGCAGCCUGGAGUGUGACAUGGACUCCAUCAUCAGGAACGAGCUGAUGGACGCAGAUGGCCUGGACUUUAACUUUGACUCUCUGGCCAACAUGAACGGAGUCGGCAACUUCACUAGCACCAAGCAGACCUCUCAAAGCUGGGUACCUGGCUGAGAGGGUCGGGCCAGGAAGGAGCAGAGCAGGUCUGAACUAUGUAGCGCAAGAGAAGAUCAGACACACAACAUCCUAUUUGCCAAACCUGCCAUCAGCACAACGUAAAAUACAAACCCUGUGUUUACAGAAGACGACUUCCUCUCGAGAGCUUUACCUUUGCUCCUACACUGAUGAACCAUGAACGAUCCGACAGACUCUAGAGAUGCUGCACACAAGCCCUCAAAGCCUCCUGUGAAACAACAACAAAAAGAAAGCUACGUCAAACAAUCACAACAAACUCACAAAUCUUAGAAUUAUGCAAUUUUCCUUUGAGACCCAGUCUGUUGAUAUCAAAGAGACUCUGCUUAUCAGAAGGGGUUUCACAUGGAAUACAAGGACUAAAUAUCAAGCAAAGAUGGAAGGAGUGCACGGUGCAGUUGUUCCCAUUGAAGACAAAAAAAAAAGAAGUGUAAAGUGAAAAUCAAGAAGAAUGAUGUGGUGUAAAUCUGAUCCAGUGGUUUCCUGGGAUGUGUUAUGUUUAAAAAAAAAUCCCUCUCUUCUCACUUAGUGAUUUUAAAUGUUCAGUGUUUGUUUUUUUGGAUUUUCUGUAUCUUACUCACUGAGCAGCCACACAUCCAAUACAUGCAAACACACAUACAGACGAACUUACACUUUGCCCCAGUUUGCAAGAUUUCAGAACUUUAGAAGUUAAAAUUUCUCAAUAUAAUGCCAUGCACUUCCUGUUUUGUUCUAAAUAAAUUUGCUUGAAUUUACCUUAACUGCAGCAUACUGAGGGUAAUAUUACAAUUAGCUGAAUACUACAGAAUACGUUUUCUCUUUUGUGUAUAUCUAACUGUCGAAAAAAUGAAAAAAAGACUAUAGGAAGAAAAUCUCUGUCAUGGAUAUUUCUACAAGUGCAGGGCAGUUGAAAGUUCCAAGAAGGAGGGGGGAAAGAUAUUGUCUGUCUUUUCUUAGUUUUCUUAACUUCUGGUGAGUUCUGUUGAGGUCGUUUUUCACAGCAUAUGAUGUAGCCAAAAUGAAUACCUGUGUCCUGGGUUGUGAACAAUUCCACACCAUAACAGGUGCUAUGUAAACAGUGUUGAAUCCUGUCCUGAGAGCAAGCUGUGCAUUUAGUUUGUUCAUUUUUUUUUUCUGUUUUUACCCAUGACCUGCAGAAGCCCAAAGCUGCAGCCACUUGUAGCAUGGUGAGGUUGCACCUGUAGACGGCGGGGGGGAGCAGUGUUUUAGGCUCAUUCCUCUAGAAGCCAUUUGUUUCUCGAGUAAAACAAUAAGCUAUCUCUGUAUAUUGCCAAAUUACUUGAAACAAACAGUAGGAUAUGCUGGCAGCCAAAUCACAGCACGCACAUGCACAUGCACACACACACACACACACACACACACACACACACACACACA